GAAGAGGAAGAGGAGGAAGAAGACGAAGAAGAAGGAGGAAGAAGAAGAUGAUGAUGAUGAUGAUGAUGAUGAUGAUAAAUUUCUGCGAUAUAAAUCAGAAAUUAUAUCGAAUAAUAAAUGUUCAUUAUUGUAUCGUAAUUUGCCGAGGGCAAUUUUAUUCGUAAUAUAUUGUUGCCUCUUAUGUGCAAUACAAUGCAGGGAAAGUCUUGCCGACGCUUUGCCGGCCAAUCAAAAGUACAGUACACGUACGGUCACUACUAGAUAUGGUAUUUUGCGAGGAGUCAUCGCAAGAUCAUCCCCCAACGUCGAAACUUAUUACGGCGUGCCUUACGCUACCCCACCUCUUGGUGCAUUACGAUACAUGCCACCGGUUACCCCAACGCCCUGGCGCGGUACCAAAUUCGCCGACACCUUGCCACCGGCUUGCCCGCAAAAUUUACCGGAAUCGGACGAGAGUUUACCGAAAUCCAGGCGCGCUUAUCUGCAAAGGAUAGCACCUUUGUUGACGAAUCGAAGCGAAGACUGCCUCUAUCUCAAUCUAUAUGUUCCAAAACCCCUCCACGGUAGUACUACGGAUUUGCUGCCAGCGCUUCUUCUCAUUCACGGUGAUUCCUAUUCGUGGGGUGCCGGAAAUUCAUUCGAUGGGACCUCUCUAGCCGCUCACGGACGUCUGAUCGUCGUUUCCAUCAAUUUUCGCAUUGGCGUACUCGGAUUCCUAAAAACCGGAUCGAAAGGAAGCGCUCAAGGAAAUUACGGAUUAAUGGAUUUAGUAGCUGGACUUCAUUGGUUGCGCGAAAACAUCGAAGCUUUCGGGGGUGAUUCAGAAAGGCUUGCAUUACUUGGCCAUGGUACUGGUGCAGCUCUUGCAAAUUUUUUAGCCGUCUCACCGAUGGCCAAAGAAUUGGUCGAGAGAGUGAUACUACUCGGUGGUUCGGCCCUUUCACCAUGGGCAAUACAACGGGACCCAUUAACGGUGAAACGUCACGUUGCCGAUCAAACCAGAUGUUCAUUCGUCGACGAAGCAGAUGAUAUUGCACCGUGUCUACGUUUGCGAAGCCUUGAUUCUCUUUUAGAAGUUAAACUUGAUCCCCCAAGAUUCACUUUCGGUUUUGCACCAUUCGUCGACGGAGCCGUCCUCCCGCAUCCGAUAAAUCAGAACUUUCAGCCCACUGCCUCUUCCGCGGGAUUGAUGCCCCUAGUUCCAGGACCCGGUGCGGAAUUUGCCAAUUUCGGUGAUCGGGAUCUUUUACUCGGUUUAACGUCUGACGAAGCUUGGUUAAAUCUAACCGAUCAAGAUCUACAGGAGAUCCGAACCGUGCAAGUUCUUUGACAUCCGAUACGGACAGUGAUCUGACGAGUCCACCCUUUUGGGAAUCGUACGAUUCGAUAAAUCAGCUUUAUCUGGAGGCAGGUCACGUGACCAAGUUACGUUCCCACUAUAGAGGUCACAAGAUGUCGCUUUGGUUGAAUUUGUUACCACAGUUGCACCGGCCAGGUUACGAAUUGAACAUGCGUCAUCAUCAUUUGGCGGACAGUCCGAAUUUAUACGAGGGUGCUGUACGCCCGCAAAGUCUGGCCCUGCCGUUGCCUGCACCACCAUUGCCAAUGCCAUCACCUACCGAGCCCUCAUCGGUUUCCCAUACGACAUCUACCACGGAGUGUACGCCUAACGCGACCACAACCACCAUAGCUAGUACUACGAAAACAUUGCAACAAUCAAAUUUAGGACCGGGACCUAACAAUCUUUUAAGAAAAUUAACCUCGAGUUAUUAUCAAAGUUAUACAACCGCCUUAACAGUUACCAUUGCCGUUGGUAUAUUCCUAUUAUUAUUAAACAUCAUCAUUUUCGCUGGUAUUUAUCAUCAACGUGACAAGAACGCGUCCGGUACAUCUGGAUUAUCCAGUUUUGGCGAUAAGAAGAAAGAGGAGUUAUUGGAGGCUGGUUGUUCAGGUAUCGAGAUAGGUGGUAGUGGUGUUGUUGUUGGUGGUUCUGCUAAUAAACAAAGAUUGUCUUCGAUGAAUCUGAUUGAUUCGCCAGGUUCGAGUCCGCAAGGACACAAAGCUAAACUCGUUCAAGAAUUGGAACUUCAGCUUCAAGAAUUUCAAUGUUCACCACCACCCGGUGGUGGUAAAAGGAUCCUCGAGCCACCGUCUUAUAGUAGAAACCCGUGUGUACAAAGAACACGAACACCAUCACCUUGUAUAGAUGCUACCAUUGCUAGGAUGCAAGAUGACGAUCACAUGAUCGAUAGUGGUGUACUUGACAGUGACGAUGACGAUGACGAUGACGAUGAUAACGAGGAUUUACCGGAACCACCCCCACCCCCUAAAGCACCAGCACCAAAUAUCGGCCUCGCUUGUCCUGGGAUUUUACGUCAACCCGGGACACCCGGUAGCGCUAAAAAACGCGUUCAAAUUCAAGAGAUAUCAGUUUGAUGAUCGAUUAUUAUGCGUUCCCUGCAUUCUCAACGAUCCGAGGAGAAAAAAAAAUUAAAUAAAUAGAGAAAAAAAAAAAUGAUGAUAACUAGAUAUUAAAGUUAACGGAGAAACGGAGAAGAAAAAUAACGAUGAAAAAAUAAAAAAAAUAAAAAAAAAAAAAAUGAAUACAAUCUAGAAUAAAAGUUCGAUUUAAUAUGUACUCGACGGUGAGGAGGGAGGCUGGCUUUAAAACAAAACCAAAGAAAGAAAUGAAGAAAAAGAAACUAAAAAAAAAAACCUUUGAUAAUAGUCUGCAGAGAGAGAGAGAGAGAAAAAAACAAAAAAAAAAAAAAAACAAAAAAAAUACGAAAGUGUGUUCAGUAGUUAAAUUACGUUUCGAGAUGGAGAAAGAGAAGAGAGCUUAACGGUAACAAUCUAAGUAAGUAAUUUACAAAACAAAAAAAGGGGGGGUGGGUGGUAAAAAAAAAAAAAAGAAAAAAUUGCUAAACAAAAAGGUACAGUCGAAUGAACGACGACGAAAAGAAUUUUUGUGUUUGUCGUACGUUGUGUGUGUGUGUGUGGCGGGGGCAGGGCAGGGGGUGCGGAGAAGGGGAUAAUUCUGGGACAAAGAAUUCUAUCGUCUCGCUAAAAAAGAAAGAA